CAUUUUUAGUUUGCUGCUACUUCACUCAACCUUGAAAACAUUCCAAUUUCAUCUGAUUCAAGUGAAGGCUCAUCACUACUUUAAAAAAUAUCAUUUAUUCUCACUUCACAGAUAUAUUAUGAGACGCGAUCAUGAUAAAUCUUCCAAGAUGAUGAGAUGAUGGUAGUAGUAACAACCGUAAUUAAUCACACACCGCCGCAGCCGCUAUUAUCAUGUCGAUAGACCUGAACUGGGAGACGCUGACGGGUGGCCCGGACGGAGCGGUAUUGGCGGAGCGCAUUCGUGAUUUCAUCCACGUUAAAUUCCAGUCGGUGCCGCUACCACGCUUCAUCAAAUCCGUCACCGUUCAUGAUUUCGCGUUCGGCAAUAUACCGCCGAGCGUGGUGCUCAAGGACAUAUGCGACCCGCUGCCGGACUUCUACGAGGAAAAUCCGGACGUAUCUGAUGACGAGGAAGAGGAGCAUGAAGAGGGUGAGGGGAGUGAACAGGAUGAGAGAGCCGGGCAAAUCAGUGCAGAGGACGUGUCGGAUGUGAUAAGAGCGCAAGAGCGCAAGAGGAGAGCAGACCAAAUCCGGAGAUUGGAGGGAAGGGAUGGGGAUGGGCGCAAGGAUAGGAGUAGAAGUGGGACGGGAACUUACAACAUAGAGGGCAUGUACCCGCCACAUAUUCAUGUUGCUGGAUUGCGAAGUGCUCCCGGGACGCCCGAUAUCAGCAAUCCUUUCCUAGGACUCGGGGUACCGACGCCCGGAGUGCCUGGUGGUACUGCAAAUAUGCAUUACUUCCAGUCGAAACUCGCGACCCCCUGGUCCGGUACACAAACGCCGUUAGCAGCCGUAGCAGGAGCGCAACACCUAAACGGCUGGCUGGAAAUGGGAGGCACACAUUCGCCGCCUCCAGGAAGACAUCCGCUGAGUCGGACUCACAGCAGACACCCAUCACAAAGCUCCAUCACCAUGACAGAUCCCCCUCCAACGCCCUCUCUAGCCCCAGGGACACUAGCACCUUUACCACACCCACUGAGGGAGAAACACAGCGUAUCAACGCUCGCGCCCACAUCCGCCGGCGCGUCGCGGCCGCCUACUAGGGAUGCGACGGCCGGCUUCGCGCACGCGCCCCAGCCCAUGAGCUCCUCAUCACGAACCCACAACGACACGGCCGUAUACAGCUCGAGCUCCGACAGCAACGACGACUCGGAAGAGGAGGAGGCGAAGAAGUACUACGAACCCAGGGUCGACGACCUGCAGGCCGUGUUCCGCAUCAAGUACGCGGGCGACAUCAAGCUGAUGCUGACGGCGGAGAUCCUGCUCGACUACCCGAUGCCGAGUUUUGUGGGUAUACCCGUGAAGCUGAAUAUCACGGGCCUCACGUUCGACGGCGUCGGCGUGGUCGCGUAUAUUAGGAAGAGAGUGCAUUUCUGCUUUCUAAGCCCCGAGGAUGCGGUUGCGGCUGUGGGGCGCGAUGAUGAUGAAGAUGAAGAUGGGGAGGAGGGGGCUGGACCCGGGCAUGGGGAGAGCGAGAGGCCUACUUCUGCGAGCGGCGCGAGGACGCAGCGGAAAGGGAAACUGGGGAGUCUGCUGCAGGAGGUUAGGGUUGAGAGCGAGAUUGGGCAGAGGGAGGGGACGAAGCAGAGUCUGAAGAAUGUGGGCAAAGUUGAGAGGUUUGUCCUUGAGCAGGUUAGACGGAUAUUCGAGGAGGAGUUUGUUUAUCCUAGUUUCUGGACCUUCCUGGUUUGAAGGGGCUGGGGUUGUGAAGGUGCCUUCGGACGUUUAUGUCGAAAUGAUAAAGGGGGUAACUAUAACACGCACGAAACUUGUCCUGGUAAUAUGGCUUAUGUAGGACGAGGUUUUUACAUAUCGAAUGGCUAACACUGCGAUUGGAUUUACGAGAUUAGAUGAAGAAAAUCUUAGGUAGCUAGGAGGCGAGGGAAGCUCAUAUGGACCAGUUUAAGAAUUAGAAUUCAUCAGAUUCUAUCCUGCUCUCAAUCGA